AUGUUAUCCGCAUUCACCGCGCGGCCGCUGGUCGAGCUCAAACCGCGCGACAAAUCGAGGAUCGAGUCCGUUCUCGCAUAUGGCGACCGCCUUCUGACGGGACUCAACAAUGGGACUCUGCGAAUUUACCGGGUAACCGAUGACGGCAAGACGGAAUUGCUGCGGGAGCAGGAGAAAUUUGCUCGAUAUAAGAUCGAGCAGCUUGCGCUGGUGAAAGAGGCGAAGGUUCUGGUGUCGUUGUCGGGCGGAUAUGUCAGUUUACAUGAUUCGCAGAGCUAUGAGGCCCAGGAACAAUUAGGGGCAACGAAGGGUGCUUCGACAUUUGCUAUCACGUCGAAUGUGGUAAAUGAUCCUGAUACGAAUGUUCCUGCGAUUGUGUCGCGGGUUGCGGUGGCGGUGAAGAGGAAGAUCAUGAUGUGGACGUGGCGGGAUAUGGAGCUCGAGGCUAGCCAUCUGGAGUUGAGCUUUGCCAGUGCGAUCAAGACUUUGACAUGGGUUUCUGCGACACGGAUCGUGGUUGGUUUGAGCUCGGGGUAUGUGAUGGCGGAUACUGAAUCGGGCCAGAUGAAUGAGUUGCAGGGGGCCCCGGGGAGCAUGGAAGAGACUGGGCGCUUUACGGGCGUUGGUGCUGCGAGCAUGAGCUAUAUUGGAAUUGGUGGUGCGGCACCGCGACCACUGGCUACAAGGCUACGCGAAGGACAGGUCUUGCUGGCAAAGGAUAUCAAUACGCAUUUCAUCGAUGUCGACGGUCAGUCGCUGGGACGACGCCAGAUUCCAUGGAGCCAUGCGCCGGUGGAAAUUGGGUAUUCAUACCCGUUCUUGCUGGCCCUCCACGAUACAGCCAAGGGUAUUCUUGAAGUUCGCAACCCAGAAACCCUUUCUCUAUUGCAGUCCAUACCACUACCGUCAGCGAGUUUCCUGCAUAUCCCGCAGCCGAAUAUCAGUCUUGCGCAUGCUGGAAAGGGGUUCCUGGUUGCGAGUGAUCGAACCGUAUGGCGCAUGGAAGCUCUGAGCUACGACACGCAGAUUGAUGCUUUGGUGGAUAAGGGGUAUCUGGAUGAAGCGAUCAGCUUGUUGGGCAUGUUGGAGGACGCUCUGAUUCAGGACAAGCCAGGUCGACUGCGUAAAGCCCAGCUCGAGAAGGCCCAAAGCCUAUUCGCCGUCAAGAAAUACCGGGACUCUUUGGAUCUGUUUACUGAGGUUGCUGCGCCACCAGAAACCGUUAUUCGGUUGUACCCUCGACUGAUUGCGGGGGAGCUGUCUGCCGAGCCAGAGCAGAAUGGGGAAGAUGCCAAGACCAACGGUAACGGCAGUGGAAAUGAAAAUGGUCAAGCAAAUGGGGAUCACAGUGACAGGUCGUCGGAGACGACUCCUGAGCCGGCUCCAGAACCAGCUACUGCAAUCUCGUCUCUUCGUGCACCCUCGGUCCGAUCAUUGUUGCGACGGCCUGACGAGGGAAGUGACACGAGCAGCAUUCGAGAAGAAAAGAGCAAAGACAAAGAUCUCAGAGGUUCAGUGCGUGAGCUCCAGGGCUACCUGGCAGAUGUGCGCCGACGCUUCCAGCGGUUCCUUGGCCCCGACGGCUCUCUCAAAGCACCCGUUCCGAGCGAAGCCGACGACGAAGCAAGUGCUUCCGUCCUGAAGCUUCUCGAUUUCCCAUCCGAAGAAGACUUCUUAGACACUCUGCGCGCCAAAGCACGCUUAGUAGACACGACUUUGUUCCGAGCACACAUGUACGCCACGCCGACCCUGGCUGGCUCGCUCUUUCGCAUCGCCAAUUUCUGCGACCCAGAUGUUGUCAUGGAACGACUUGAAGAGACAGGCAGAUACAACGAUCUUAUUGAUUUCUUACAUGGCAAAAAACUGCACCGGCAAGCUUUAGAGCUUUUACAUCGAUUUGGACAAGAAGAAUCGGGCCUCCUCGCUGGCCCUACACGAACGAUUGGUUAUUUGCAAAACCUGCCUCCUGAUCAGAUUGAUCUGAUCCUCGAAUUUGCUGAAUGGCCGAUUCGUGAGAAUGAUGAUCUAGGCAUGGAGAUUUUCUUUGCUGAGACUGAGAAUGCAGAGAACUUGCCUCGAUCUCGGGUGCUUAAGUUUCUGGAGAACAUCGAUGUCAAGGUCGCUGUUCGCUACCUUGAACAUGUUAUCCAUGAGUGGAAUGAUCUCUCCCCUGAUUUGCACCAGAGACUGUUGAUGCUGUAUCUUGAUCAUAUCAAUGCUGAUAAGAACGAGACGGCGUGCAAGGAGAAGUUCCUCAACAUGCUUAAAGAGAGUGAACAGUAUUCGCCUGCCAAGAUUCUGGAUCGUCUGAACCGAGAAGAUCCCGAUUUUCACGAGGCAAGGGCCAUCAUCUUUAGUAAGAUGGGUCAGCAUCGACAGGUCCUGGAGAUCUACGUUUUUAAAUUGGAGGACCAUGAGAAAGCAGAAGAAUACUGUAACCAAGUCCAUGUCUCCAGAGGUCAAGCCAAGCCUGAAGAAGAGGAAGAGGCAUCAAUCUACUUGACUCUGCUGUCCCUGUACCUCAUGCCGCCGCAUGGAUACCCGGCUCAGAAUGGCCCAGCACUCGCAAUCCUUGCCAAACACGGGUCUCGACUUCCGGCAGAGGCAGCACUGAAGCUGAUCCCCUCGACACUCCCAGUUCGCGAUCUCGAAUUUUACUUCAAAGGUCGGAUGCGAGCCGCCAACACCGUGUUCAACGAGGCCAGGAUCGUGGCCAGCCUGCGAAAGACACGCGAUCUGCAGCUGCAGGCCCAGCUGGCUUUGGGUGAAGGUGUUCGGGGCGGGGGAACUCGAGCUCGCCACGUGAAUAUCACCGAGGAGCGGAUCUGUGGCGUUUGCCACAAGCGACUCGGUGGAAGUGUGAUCAACGUGUUUCCCGACAACACCGUCAUCCACCUUGGUUGUGCCAAUCGCAUGGCCAGUGGCAUUCGAGCCGGAUAG